UCCACUGCCGGGUGGAGGGGCAAGGCGAGUGUCCUUAUCCUAGCGAUUGGGGCCCGGGCCUGGGAGCCAGUUGGAGUCGCGGCAGCGUGAGCGAUCGGGCCGAGCGGAAGCAGACAUGUUGCUCUUCGUGGAGCAGGUGACAUCAAAAGGCACUGGUUUAAAUCCUAAUGCCAAAGUAUGGCAAGAAAUUCCUUCUGGAAAUCCAGAUGGCACUCCUGUAACGGAAAGCACUUGGCAUGAAACUGCAGCCACAUCUGGAUCUCAUCCUGAGGGUAAUCCAGAACUUUCAGAAGAUAUGUGCAAAGAGUAUGAAGUCAUGUAUUCUCCCGCUUGUGAAACUACAGGAAAUACUACAGACAUUGAAGAGUCAGCUGAUGGAAUGAUUUUAGGACCAGAAGAUCUGAGUUACCAAAUAUAUGAUGUUUCUGGAGAAAGCAAUUCAACAAUUUCUACAGAAGAUUUAAAAGAAUGUCUGAGAAAACAAUUAGAGUUCUGUUUCUCACGAGAAAAUUUAUCAAAGGAUCUUUACUUGAUAUCUCAAAUGGGUGAUCAGUUCAUCCCAAAUGGACCGUUGGCCAACAUGGAAGAAAUACAAAAACUGACCACAGAUCCAGAUUUAAUUCUUGAAGUCCUCAUUUCUUCCCCUAUGGUACAGGUUGAUGAGAAGGGGGAGAAGGUGAGACCAAGUCAUAAGCGUUGCAUUGUAAUUCUCAGAGAAAUUCCUGAAACUACACCGGUAGAGGGAAGUAAAAGCGUUGUUUAAAAAUGAAACUGCCCAAAAGUCAUAAGCUGUGAAUUUGCACACAACAGCAAUUGGUAUAUUACUUUCCAGUCAGACACGGAUGCGCAGCAGGCUUUUAAAUAUUUAAGAGAAGAAGUUAAAACAUUUCAGGGCAAGCCAAUCAUGGCAAGGAUAAAAGCCAUUAAUACGUUUUUUGCUAAGAAUGGUUAUCGAUUAAUGGAUUCUAGUCUGUAUACUCAACCCAUUCAGACUCCAACCCAAUAUCCCUCACCAGUCUUUAUGCAGCCAGUGUAUAACCCUCAUCAGCAGUACUCAGUGUAUAGUAUUGUGCCUCAGUCUUGGUCUCCAAGCCCUGCACCCUACUUUGAAACACCACUGGCUCCUUUCCCUAAUGGUAGUUUUGUGAAUGGCUUUAGUUCACCGGGAUCUUAUAAAACAAAUGCUGCUGCUGUGAGCAUGGGCCGACCAUUCCAAAAAAAUCGUGUGAAGCCUCAUUUUAGGUCAUCCAGUGGUUCAGAACACUCAACAGAGGGCUCUGUGUCAUUGGGGGAUGGACCAUUAAGCAGAUCUAGUUCAAGGAACUUUCUCUCUGAACGGCAUAAUACUACAGUAGUAACAGGGAGUCAAGAACAAGCUUAUCUUCCAAAGGAAGCUCCCAUUUUACAGAUGGAACAGAAUGGGGACCUUGUUAGGGGCAGGAGGGCUCUUUUCAGAGGUCGGAGGCGAAGAGACGAUGACAGGGUCCCAAGACCUCAGCCUUCAACAACUGAAGUGAAGGCUCCAACACCAAAGUUUGACUUACUAGCUACAAAUUUUCCUCCCUUACCUGGAAGCUCGUCAAGAAUGCCAGAUGAGCUUGUUCUGGAGAAUAGAAUGUCUGAUGUUGUUAAAGGUGUCUGCAAAGAAAAGGACAAUGAAGACUUGAGAGUUAGUUGCCCAGUUCCUGCAGAGGAUGAACAGGCAGACAGUGCUUCUGCCCAGCAACUUCUGCCCAGCAGAAGUCCCGGUCCUUCGUGUCCAACUGAGCUUCCUGUGUUAAGCACAACUCAGCAAGAAAAGGACCAACUGGAGGAUUCUACAGUUCCAAAGGAUGCUCUCAGUCAGAUGACUGUACCAGUUUCUUCUCCAGCUACUGCAAAGCCAUCAAGGGCAGACACUGCUUCACCUUGCAAUAGUAACACCAGUGUACCCACCGCUGUGAAUCUACAGGAACCUCGAAAGUUAAGUUAUGCUGAGGUGUGUCAGAAGCCUCCUAAAGAGCCAUCUCCAGUUCCUGUCCAGCCGCUACGGGAACUGAGAUCCAAUGUUGCGUCUCCCACCAGAAAUGAAGAGAAUGGAUCUCCUGAGAAACCUGUUGAAAAAACAUAUGAGAAACCAGAAACAAGGGCUAGUAAGGAUCAUUCUGGCUUCCGCGGCAGUGCCAUUCCCAGGGGAGCAGCUGGAAAAAUCAGGGAACAGAGACGGCAGUUUAGCCAUAGGGCUAUACCUCAGGGAGUGACUCGACGUAAUGGGAAAGAGCAGUUUGUGCCACCCAGAUCACCAAAGUAAAACAAACAUAACAGAAGCUACUCAGAAACUUCUCUCUUCCCACUACACUUGAGCCUAUAUUGAACUGUCUUGGAGGGGAGGAAGUAACCAGGAAAGAUGGGAAGUAUGUCCUUAAAUAUUAUGGAUUUUGGAAUUGUAAGAAAAACCCAAAAUUCAUCUCUAAAUGAUUUUCAAAUGCUGGAGGAUUCCAAUCAGUAUAAAUAUAUAUAAAUAUAUAUAUAUAUACACACAUAUAUAUAUAAAUAUAAUUUUUCUAUUUUUGUUUUUGAUUUUAAUUUGCAGGGAUUUUCUGCCUGGAAUCAAUUUUGAAAGUUCAGAUUUAGCUUGGGAGAGAAAACAAAAAACAUUAUACAUCCUUCAGUGUAGGAGACGAGGGAGUGAGAGAAAAUAUUUUUUGAAGGAACAUUUCUGUAAAAAUUAGAAAUUACUUUUUUUAAUCUAUUUAAAGUUUGGCUUGAAGAAUGCCAUCUCUGACAAAUGGCCUUGUGUUGCAAAGCAGAUCAGUGGCUGGGGAUCUGUUCUGGGUGUGAGUGUGUGCAAAGUGAUUGAAGCCAAAUCUGUUGUCAUGUUAGUAAAUGAUUUAAAAACUGAAUGUAAUACUUGAGUAGACUUUUGUAGUUUGGAAUUUAGUUUGUUUUUUGACAUUACUAAUAUUGUAUUGUAUUGAGCUAGCUAUUAAGCUUGAUUGUGUGUGAAGCUGUGACUACCAAUCAGUUUGAUAUUCAAGAGAAAUAGAGAUUAUUCAAAAACAAUUGAAAAUUUCUGUUUUAGACCUGAAUACUGGAUAGGUCAAAUAGAUUUCAGAGGUUCAAACUGCCCUGUGACUUUUUUUUUUUUUUUUUU